CUGACAAGUAUCAAGUUUAAAUUACUUAAAUACUUGUUCAAUCAGCAUUUAUUAUAACGCUACACAAAUUUAUUUGUUUGGUGUACCAGAUUUUAUACAACCGGACUCAACAUGAUAAUCAAAAAGACAUUGUUGGUAUCAAUGUUUGUACUUCUCGGUUGCAUGUUUUCUAUCAAUAAGGCCUCUGAUGAUGCAGAUGCAGGGGAUAAGGAAUUAAUGUCAAAAUUAUUCACUGUGGUUUUUAAAUGCUUUAAGGAUGCCGAUUGGGGCACAUGUGGUGAAAUGGUGACAACUAAAUAUGACAUAACUCAAGCUAAAUAUAAACAAUGUACUUGUCACAUGGCGUGUGCCGGGGAAGAACUUGGAAUGAUAAAUAGUAAUGGACAACCCGAACCUGCUAAAUUCCUAGAAUAUGUGAACCGUAUCAAUAAUCCUGGCAUUAAGAGUCAAUUACAACAUAUUUACGACAAAUGUCAAAAUGUCAAAGGUGCGGAUAAAUGCGAUCUCGCAGAGCAAUUUGCUAUGUGUGCUUUUAAGGAAUCACCCGCACUGAAGGAACGCGUGAUUACAUUGAUUGAAAUGCUAAUGAAGAUGAAACCGAAAUCGAAAUAAAUCUCUGCAAUUACUCAAACUAUAUAGUUGUCCAUUUUUAUAUCCGUUUUACUUAAUAAUAUUACAUAGGAACUAUUAAUACAUUCAGGAUCAAUAAUUAUAUUUACAUAUUAUGUGAUUAAAUAAAAAU